UCCCAACCCCCACCACAUGGGCAACCAGGAUCAGGAUCAUCGUCUCUCUCCCCGACUAAACAACCACUGUGUGCGUGCACCUAUAUAUGUGAUCACCGCUCCUUUCUGCCACCUUAUUCUUCCGUCCAACACUAAAAACUCCUCAGGCUUCCUUCGAAAGGAGAUCGAAGAGCUGAGAUUACGCGUUCAAGAAACGGAGGCUUGCGUAUAGAAUCUGUGACCCUGUUAACCAUGAAUGCCAGAAGAGACUACCGUAACAAUAGAUCUGCUCUCUUUGAUGGGAUUGAGGAGGGUGGCAUCAGGGCCUCAUCUUCUUACUCUUCCCACGAAAUUGAUGAGCAUGAUAAUGAAAGAGCAAUAGAUGGAUUGCAAGACAGAGUCAUUCUGCUAAAGAGAUUGUCAGGUGAUAUAAAUGAGGAAGUUGAUAGUCAUAACCGCAUGUUGGACAGAAUGGGCAACGAUAUGGAUUCAUCAAGGGGAGUCUUGUCAGGAACCAUGGAUCGUUUCAAGAUGGUAUUUGAGACUAAGUCAAGCAGGAGAAUGCUUACACUUGUGGCAUCAUUCGUCGUUGUUUUCCUAGUUAUAUACUAUCUUACUAGGUAAUCAACUGGCGACAUGAUUUGAUACAGCUUCUAGCUUUAUGUUAGACUGGGACGACAAAUUUGCUUCAUAUUGUAAUACGUGCUUUCCUGCCUGUAAAAGAUAUUUUUGCAUGUCAUAGUAAAGAUCUUUCCAUGUGUUUUGGUU